UCCCAAGCACGCCAAAAAUCUAAACAAAUAAAAAACGAAAACGGCAUUGUAAUAAUUUCUUUUAACAACAAAAGCCAGCAUUAGAAUCUUCUUGAUUGUUUUGUUUAUUAGUAUUAAAAGAAAAAUCAAGAGCCCAUUUUUUUUUUCUUUAUUUAUUAGCAUUUCUCGUCCUCAUUCAUCUCCUCCAUCAGAACCCCGAAACCCCUUUCUCUCUAGCACUCAUAUAAUUGCCACCACUAUGCAAACUCCUUCACUAACCUACAUGUCCUCUAGUGAAAGUGUCUGUAUAGAAGCCGAUGAUCAAGAAGAUGAAGAUUCCCUCUUUCUUUCCCUUGGGCCUCCUGGCCAACACAUUACUACUAAAUACCAACCCAAUAACUAUAAAUCUUCCUUGAACAAGACCCGAAAUUUUCAGGAAAACCCUACUAGUGAAAGUGGUGUUACAAUAGCUCUCCAUAUUGGUCUUCCAACAGCAGCAACAACAACUGCAGCUACAUCUAGCAAUAACCCUAAUCACAUUGGUUCUCUCGUUGAGGGCCGCUACUGGAUUCCUUCUCCAGCACAAAUCCUUGUUGGUCCUACACAGUUCUCUUGUGCUGUCUGCAACAAGACAUUCAAUAGAUACAACAAUAUGCAGAUGCAUAUGUGGGGGCAUGGAUCACAAUAUCGAAAAGGGCCAGAAUCCUUAAGAGGUACAAAACCAGCUUCUUCAAUGCUAAGAUUGCCAUGUUAUUGUUGUGCUGAAGGAUGCAAGAACAACAUCGAACACCCAAGAUCAAGGCCAUUGAAAGACUUCAGGACGCUGCAAACACAUUACAAGCGAAAGCACGGGGCAAAGCCAUUUGGAUGCAGAAAAUGUGGUAAACCAUUUGCAGUUAGAGGAGAUUGGAGAACACAUGAGAAGAAUUGUGGUAAGCUUUGGUUUUGUAUUUGUGGUUCUGAUUUUAAGCACAAAAGGUCUCUCAAAGAUCAUGUGCGUGCUUUUGGAGAUGGCCAUGCUCCACAUACAGUGGAAAUCUGUGGGAUUGACGAAGAAGAAGAAGAUGACGACGAUGAUUAUAAUGAUAAUGACGAGGAUGAUAACCAUGAAAAUCAAGGUAAUGGAAGUCGUGGUCAUGGUCCAAUUUCCUUUUAACAAAGAGAAAAAGCAAUGUCUAUAAGUGGAAGUUUAAGUAGUGAUUGAUGAUUAAGAAUUGGCAGAGACUAUUUGGUGUUAGCUGUAUGUGAGAGAUAAAAGGGAGAGAGAGGAUGAGGACAAACAGAACAGUAUAGUGAAAACCAAGGUUUUAUAUAUGCAUUUAUUGUGGGAAGUGCUAGUUCGAUUGUCUAAUUAAGGAACCCUUUUGUUUUGUUUUGUUUUUUCUUUUUUAUUGUUUUUUUUUCUUUUGGGUUCCCUUUUCUUUUUGUAAUAAAUAGGUGAAGUAAGUAAAAAUCAGUAGUGACUGCAGAUAAGUGCAGACAUGAAGACAUGUACAGUAGAGUCACAGAUUCUACUGUUCACAGCUAUGCAAUUGCCAUAGAUAUAGCGUACUCUCUUCCUCUUUUCUCUGUCACAAAUGCAUAUAUAUAU